CGGCCGUAGAAGCCUUCACGCGCCAUUUUUUACACUUUAUUAUAUUGAACUGUUUUUUUAACAACUUUAUUAGAGGUUUUUACGUAAUAAAUACUCCGGAAAUAUAUCUGGAGAUGGCACACUGCUGACGGGGAGAGGAUGGACUACUCUCGGCCAAUAUGUGCCCUCCUUGCUCUAGUAGUUUUCUACUUAUCACACCUCGCACAAUGCACGAAUGCGAAGAUAAACUUCAGGGAGAAAGAAAAACAAAUUCUGGACCAGAUUCUAGGUCCAGGGAGAUACGACGCUCGAAUCAGACCUUCCGGUAUCAAUGGCACUGGCGAUGCGCCAACGUUUGUACACGUCAACAUGUUUCUACGAUCCAUCAGCAAAAUAGAUGAUUACAAGAUGGAAUACUCAGUUCAGCUGACGUUCAGAGAACAAUGGUUGGACGAGAGAUUGAAGUUCAAUAAUUUGGGAGGACGUCUGAAAUACUUAACACUAACCGAAGCGAACAGAGUAUGGAUGCCUGACCUCUUCUUCUCCAACGAGAAAGAGGGUCACUUCCACAACAUCAUCAUGCCAAACGUGUACAUCAGAAUAUUCCCCAAUGGCAAUGUGCUGUACAGCAUCCGUAUCUCUCUCACGCUGUCCUGUCCGAUGAACCUGAAGUUGUACCCACUGGAUAAGCAGACUUGCUCGCUGAGGAUGGCUAGCUACGGCUGGACGACAGAUGAUCUCGUGUUCCUGUGGAAGGAAGGUGACCCAGUCCAGGUUGUGAAAAACCUUCAUCUGCCUCGCUUUACCCUCGAGAAAUUUUUAACUGAUUAUUGUAACAGUAAAACUAAUACAGGCGAAUACAGUUGCUUGAAAGUGGAUCUUCUUUUUAAGAGAGAGUUCAGUUACUACCUCAUUCAGAUCUAUAUACCUUGCUGCAUGUUAGUAAUCGUCUCCUGGGUGUCUUUCUGGCUCGACCAAGGAGCGGUACCGGCGAGAGUCUCAUUGGGAGUAACGACACUUCUAACUAUGGCGACUCAGUCGUCAGGAAUCAACGCGUCGCUCCCUCCAGUCUCUUACACAAAAGCCAUCGAUGUCUGGACCGGAGUAUGCCUCACGUUCGUGUUUGGAGCCUUGCUUGAGUUCGCUCUAGUGAACUAUGCAUCUCGCUCUGACAUGCACCGGGAGAAUAUGAAGAAAACGAGACGGGAGAUGGAGGCAGCUGCAAGUAUGGAUGCGGCCUCCGAUCUCCUUGACACAGAUAGUAACACAACGUUCGCAAUGAAACCGCUGGUGCGCGGCAACAACGACAAGAUGCGGCAAUGUGAGAUCCACAUGACCCCGCCAAAGAAGAACUGCUGCAGAAUCUGGAUGUCCAAGUUCCCGACGCGCUCUAAGAGGAUAGACGUGAUAUCGCGUAUAACUUUCCCUCUAGUUUUUGCGCUCUUCAACUUGGCCUACUGGUCGACGUACCUAUUCCGCGACGAGGAAGAACAAAAGUGAUUCUCGCGUUCAAGUGGCGAAUUAGUGCAGGCGAUGCAGCUGACCGCCGCCGUGCUUUCGCCCUACGUCUUAUUCGUGCUCGCCUACCUGUGCUGCCUGCGACGGCCCACCGCGUCUGCUCGCGUGCGCGUGCGCAGGCAUCGAAUAUAGUCAAUGAAACGUUUGGAUUCCGUUUCUCACAUUAAGAGGCUUUCGGUUACAAAAGACAUGUGUCAAUCACUAAACGCACAAAACAUCUGGUGUACGUUAAAUUGUGUAAUACUAUGUCAAAUACUACAU